AUGGUCCCUGUCUCACUGUGUCCCACAGGUCAGACCUGCGAGAUCGACAUCAACGAGUGUGUGAAGAGCCCCUGCCGCAACGGGGCCACGUGCCAGAACACCAACGGGAGCUACCGCUGCGCCUGCAGGACCGGCUUCACUCGCCGCCACUGUGCAACGCACUGCAGGCCCAAUCCAUGCCACAAUGGUGGCUCCUGCUCCGAUGGCAUCGGUACGUUCUUCUGUGAGUGCCUGGCUGGCUUCCGUGGGCCCAAGUGUGAGGAGGACAUCAACGAGUGUGCCAGCAACCCCUGCAAAAACGGUGCCAACUGCACCGACUGCGUCAACAGCUACACCUGCACUUGCCCCUCUGGCUUCAGUGGCAUCCACUGCGAGAACAACACACCUGACUGCACAGAGAGCUCCUGCUUCAAUGGUGGGACCUGCGUGGAUGGCAUCAACACCUUCACCUGCAUCUGUCCACCUGGCUUCACGGGCAGCUACUGCGAGCACAACAUUAAUGAGUGCGACUCCAAGCCGUGCCUGAAUGGGGGCACAUGUCAGGACAGCUAUGGGACAUACAAGUGUACCUGUCCCCAGGGAUACACCGGGCUCAACUGCCAGAACCUGGUGAGAUGGUGUGACUCCUCUCCUUGCAAAAAUGGAGGCAAGUGCUGGCAGACCAACAACCUGUACCGCUGCGAGUGCAACAGCGGAUGGACAGGGCUCUACUGUGAUGUCCCCAGUGUCUCUUGCGAGGUGGCUGCUAAGCAGCAAGGUAUCGAUGUCGCACAUCUCUGCAGGAAUUCAGGGCUCUGCGUGGAUACCGGCAACACUCACUUCUGCCGCUGCCAGGCCGGCUACACUGGCAGCUACUGUGAGGAGCAGGUGGACGAGUGCUCCCCAAAUCCCUGCCAGAACGGAGCCACCUGCACGGACUACCUGGGAGGUUACUCCUGCGAGUGUGUGGCUGGUUAUCAUGGAGUUAACUGCUCCGAGGAGAUCAAUGAGUGCUUGUCCCACCCAUGCCAGAAUGGAGGAACCUGCAUCGAUCUCAUCAAUACCUACAAAUGCUCCUGCCCCAGAGGAACUCAAGGGGUGCACUGUGAGAUCAAUGUGGAUGACUGCAGCCCUUUCUUUGAUCCUGUCACCCUGGGGCCCAAGUGCUUUAACAAUGGCAAGUGCACGGAUCGGGUAGGUGGCUACAGCUGCAUCUGCCCACCUGGCUUUGUAGGGGAGCGCUGCGAGGGAGACGUCAACGAGUGCCUGUCCAACCCCUGCGAUGCCCGCGGCACCCAGAACUGCGUGCAGCGGGUCAAUGACUACAAAUGCGAGUGCCGACCUGGCUACGCAGGCCGUCGCUGUGACACUGUGGUGGAUGGCUGUAAAGGCAAACCCUGCAGGAAUGGUGGAACGUGCGCGGUUGCCAGCAACACUGGCCGCGGCUUCAUCUGCAAAUGCCCUCCGGGCUUCGUGGGUGCCACCUGCGAGAACGACUCCCGCACCUGUGGAAACCUGCACUGCCUGAAUGGUGGCACCUGCAUCUCCAUCCACAAGAGCUCCAAGUGCAUGUGCGCACCAGCCUUCACGGGUCCUGAGUGCCAGUACCCGGCCAGCAGCCCCUGCACAUCCAACCCCUGCUACAACGGGGGCACCUGCGAGUUCUUCGGCGAUGCCUCCCCCUACUAUCGGUGCAACUGCCCGGCCAACUUCAACGGCCUCAACUGCCACAUCCUCGACUUUGAUUUCCAAGGUGGGAUUGGACAGGAUAUCAUCCCACCCAAAAUUGAGGAGAAGUGUGAGAUUGCAGUUUGUGCGGGGUAUGCUGGCAACAAGAUCUGCGAUGGGAAAUGCAACAACCAUGCCUGCGGCUGGGAUGGGGGCGACUGCUCCCUCAAUUUCAACGACCCCUGGAAGAACUGCUCCCAGUCUCUGCAGUGCUGGAAGUACUUCAACGAUGGCAAGUGCGAUGCUCAGUGCAAUAACCCUGGCUGCCUCUACGAUGGAUUUGACUGCCAGAAGUAUGAAGGGCAGUGCAACCCUCUCUAUGAUCAGUACUGCAAAGAUCACUUCUCGGAUGGUCACUGUGACCAGGGCUGCAAUAAUUUUGAGUGUGAAUGGGAUGGUCUGGACUGUGCAAACAACAUGCCAGAGAAGCUUGCUGAUGGCACGCUGGUGGUGGUGGUCCUCAUCACUCCCGAGAACCUGAAGAACAACUCUUUCAACUUCCUGCGGGAGCUGAGCCGCGUGCUGCACACCAACGUGGUCUUCAAGAAGAACCCCAAGGGAGAAUAUAUGAUCUUCCCAUACUAUGGCAAUGAGGAGGAGCUGAAAAAGCAUUACAUCAAGAGGUCAACAGAGGACUGGUCGGAUAUGUCUAGUGCUGUCAUCAACAAAGUAAAGAGCAGCUUCUACUCCAGGUCUGGCAGAAGGCAGAAGAGAGAGCUCGAUCAGAUGGACAUCAGAGGAUCCAUCGUCUACUUGGAAAUUGAUAACCGCCAGUGCAUCCAGUCGUCUUCCCAGUGCUUCCAGAGUGCAACCGAUGUGGCGGCGUUCCUGGGUGCCUUGGCCUCCCUUGGCAACCUGAACAUACCCUAUAAAAUAGAAGCUGUUAAAAGUGAAACAGCUGAGCCCACGACGAACUCCCAGCUGUAUCCUAUGUACGUGGUGGUGGUUGCAGUGGUCUUGCUUGCUUCCGUUGGAGUGGGAGUAUUGGUGUCUCGUAAGCGGCGCAGGGAGCAUGGGCAGCUUUGGUUCCCAGAAGGCUUCAAAGUGACAGAGUCGAGCAAGAAGAAGCGGCGAGAACCACUUGGAGAGGAUUCUGUUGGACUGAAACCCCUCAAAAAUGCUUCAGAUGGCACACUGAUGGAUGACAACCAAAAUGAGUGGGGUGAUGAGGAGACCUUGGACACCAAGAAAUUCAGGUUUGAGGAGCAGGCGAUGCUGCCCGACACGGACGAUCAGACAGAUCACAGGCAGUGGACCCAACAGCACCUGGAUGCCGCCGACCUGCGCAUCUCCUCCAUGGCACCUACUCCACCGCAGGGAGAAAUCGAUGCAGACUGUAUGGAUGUCAACGUCAGAGGUCCUGAUGGCUUCACCCCCCUCAUGAUCGCCUCGUGCAGCGGAGGAGGGCUGGAGACUGGCAAUAGCGAAGAGGAAGACGAUGCUCCCGCCGUCAUCUCAGAUUUUAUUUACCAAGGCGCCAGUUUACACAACCAGACUGACCGCACCGGCGAGACAGCGCUUCACCUGGCAGCCAGGUACUCCCGAUCCGAUGCUGCCAAGCGCCUGCUGGAAGCCAGUGCUGAUGCAAACAUCCAGGAUAACAUGGGCAGGACACCCCUCCACGCUGCUGUCUCUGCCGAUGCCCAAGGUGUCUUCCAGAUCCUGAUUAGGAACAGGGCAACCGAUCUCGACGCCCGAAUGCACGACGGGACCACUCCCCUGAUCUUGGCCGCUCGCUUGGCAGUGGAGGGUAUGCUGGACGAUCUCAUCAACUGCCAUGCAGACGUCAAUGCUGUGGAUGAUCUAGGCAAGUCAGCACUGCACUGGGCAGCUGCUGUGAAUAAUGUUGAAGCUGCAGUAGUCCUCCUGAAGAAUGGUGCCAAUAAGGAUAUGCAGAACAAUAAGGAGGAGACACCGCUGUUCCUCGCAGCCAGAGAAGGGAGCUACGAAACCGCCAAGGUCCUGCUGGACCAUUUUGCCAACCGCGACAUCACAGACCACAUGGACCGGCUCCCACGGGACAUUGCCCAGGAGCGCAUGCACCACGAUAUCGUGAGGCUGCUGGACGAGUACAACCUGGUGCGGAGCCCACCACUGCACAACGGCCCACUGGGUGCUCCCACGCUGUCCCCACCGCUCUGCUCUCCCAACAGCUACAUCAGCAACCUGAAACCUGCCGUCCAGGGCAAGAAGGCCAGAAAGCCAAGUACCAAGGGCCUGAGCUGCAACGGCAAGGAUGCCAAAGACCUCAAAGCCCGGAGGAAAAAGUCACAAGAUGGAAAAGGAUGUCUGCUUGACAACUCCAGCGUGUUGUCUCCAGUGGACUCCCUGGAGUCGCCCCAUGGGUACCUGUCGGAUGUUGCCUCUCCUCCACUGAUGACCUCUCCAUUUCAGCAGUCCCCUUCCAUGCCUCUGAAUCAUCUGCCAGGCAUGCCUGAUGCCCACAUGAGCAUCAAUCACCUCAACAUGGCGGGGAAGCAGGAUAUGGCCAUGGGAAACUCCAGCAGGAUGGCCUUCGAUUCAGUGCCGCCGCGUCUCUCUCACCUCCCUGUCUCCAGCCCCAGCACAGCGAUGAGCAAUGCCCCGAUGAAUUUCUCCGUCGGCGGAGCGGCCGGUCUGAACGGGCAGUGCGACUGGCUCACCAGGCUGCAGAACGGCUUGGUUCAGAAUCAGUACAACCCGAUGAGAGGCAACAUGCAACCAGGGGCGCAUCAGCAGACGCAAAACCUUCAACACGGCAUGAUGACCUCCCUGCACAACGGCUUGCCCAGCACAAGCUUGUCGCAGAUGAUGAGCUACCAGGCCAUGCCCAACACCCGGCUGGCUUCCCAGCCUCACCUGAUGCAGAGCCAGCAGCUCCAGCAGAUGCAGCAGCAACAGCUCCAGCAGCAAAACAUGCAGCCGCAGCAACAGCCGCAGCAACCCCAGCAGCAGCCGCAGCAGCAGCAGCAGCAGCCGCAGCAACAUCACAACCCCAGCUCCAACACGAGCAGCCACAUCGCCCAAAAUUUCCUUGGUACCGAGCUGAGCCAGCCCGACAUGCAGCCGGUGAGCAGCAGUACCAUGGCAGUCCACACCAUCCUGCCUCAAGAUUCCCAGAUGCUGCCCACGUCUCUGCCAUCCUCCCUCGCCCAGCCCAUGACCACCACACAGUUUCUAACUCCACCUUCCCAGCACAGUUAUUCCUCCCCCUUGGACAACACCCCCAGCCACCAGCUCCAGGUGCCCGACCACCCUUUCCUAACGCCGUCUCCAGAGUCACCGGACCAGUGGUCCAGCUCGUCUCCUCACUCCAACGUGUCCGACUGGUCCGAGGGCAUCUCCAGCCCUCCCACGAGUAUGCAGUCACAGAUGGGACACAUCCCCGAAGCCUUCAAGUAA